AUGAACAAAACUUGGUUCAAGAGGAAAUUCGGAAAUGGUCAUGGUGAGGAAGUGACUCAUUCAUGGCUGGUCUAUUCCCCUUCUAAAAAGUCUGAAUUUUGUAUCUGUUGUCUUCUCUAUUCCUGGUCAGAUCAUCAAUCCUCAUUGGAGCAGAAAAGUGGAUUCAACCAGUGGAAAACACAUGAAAGGAUUAGUGUUCAUGAAAAUGCUAAGAAUCAUCAGGAGUACUUCACACAGUGGAAUGAAAUGGAAAGAAAUGUAGCUGAAAACAGAGGAGUUAUUGACGCUGAACUUCAGUCACAGAUUGAGAAGAAAAAGCAGAAGUGGCGUGAUAUCUUGACGAGAAUCCUUCACUGCAUAAAAUUCUUUGCGACUCAGAACCUGGCUUUGCGAGGACACAGGGAGUCACUUCAGCCAGACGAUGACUCCAAUAUGGGAAAUUUCAUUGGCUUACUGAAACUACUGGCUAUCUUUGAUCCUGUCAUGACAGGACACCCCACUCGUGUGGAAAGUCAUCCUGGAUCCACGUCUUAUCUUUCACCGGGUGUUCAAGACGAAUUCAUCCACAUGAUGGCAUCCACUGUUCGCCAGAGUUUACUGAGAAGCAUUCGUAAAGCCAAGUACUAUGGUCUCAUGUUCGACUCGACCUUUGAUCAGGCACACUGUAAGCAGAUGUUAGAAGUAGUGAGGUACGUGGAAGCUGAUUUUGAAAGGAAAACAGUCCGUAUUAGAGAGUCCUUCUUUGGUUUUAUCCAGAUAAGACAGAAGGAUGCUGAGAGCUUGGUUAAAGACAUCUUGAAACAUCUAGAGAAGGAAGAAAUGGAGCUACAAGAUUGUCUGUCACAGUACUGUGACAACGCUGCUGUGAUGGCUGGACACGGAAGUGAUUUUCAUCAAAGAAUAAGUGAGAAAAACAACCUGGCAGUGUUUGUGAAUUGCGACAAUCACUCACUCAUCUUGGUGGGUGUACAUGCAGCCAAGCAGGAUACAAUGAUGGUCACGUUUUUUGGAAUCACCGAAGCUCUCUACGUGUUCUUCUCUCGUUCACCACAUCGCUGA